AUGUCUCUCAAGCCUAUCACCGUCUACGGGCAUGCCACGGGCCCCAAUCCCUGGAAAGUGAUCAUGAUCCUGGAAGAGCUGGAUAUCCCCUACAUCCACAAGUUCAUAAACUUCGCAGACAUGAAGAAAGAGCCAUUCGAGUCCAUCAAUCCCAACGGACGCGUCCCCGCGAUUGAAGACCCCAAUACCGACACCACCCUUUGGGAAUCCGGCGCGAUUCUCGAAUACUUGGUUGACACAUACGACAAGCAAAACACCAUCAGCUUUGCCGCCGGCUCCAAGGACUACUACCUCGCCAAGCAAUGGCUCCACUUCCAGGUGUCCGGUCAAGGUCCAUACUUCGGCCAGGCUGUUUGGUUCAGCCGCUACCACCCAGAGAAGGUGCAAAGUGCAAUUGACCGCUAUGUCAGCGAAAUCCGCCGUGUCUCUGGCGUGCUCAACCGGGCCCUCCAGGGGAAGCAGUAUCUCGUCGGUGACAAAUUCUCAUAUGUCGAUGCUGCUUUCGUUCCUUGGUAUCAGAUUACUGGCCGGUUUGGGAUUGAUAUGGGGAAGGAGUUCCCCAAUGUCGCUGCUUGGUUGAAACUGGUACAGGAACGUCCUGCUAUUGCUAAGACGGUUCAGGACCGGGCCGAGGCUUCCGUGCAGCAGUAG